AUGUUCAUGAAAGAGUGGAGUAAUAACAACCGGAAAAUAGCAGGCCUACUAAAUCGAAAAAUAUUCUUAUUAGAAUGCAAGAGAUUAAAAUUGACACCUAACCACAUAGGAGCAGGAGUGAAAAGUGUACUCAGUUUGUUUGAAUUCUAUGUAGGAAACAAAUUUAAUAGAAGAGUCACCGAUUUCAACAAAAAGCUGGUACACAAAUUACUGUCCUUAGAGGUUGAACAUACACACCUCAAGAUUUCACAUGUUCAAAAAGAAAAGGCCUACAUAGAGGAGAAAUUGGAACAUCUUGUACCAUCAACUACCUUGCUGGAGUUUUACAGACGUCAACAGAUCACUUAUAAGAGAAUAUUCAACAAAAUAAAGACCACAAACCUAAAUAAAGUAAAGAAUCUUCAGAUGAAAUCUUAUAAGACAGACUAUAGAGUCAAAGAAAAAUGGUUUAAGAAUUUAUCAACGAUGGAGAUCCCUGAAGAGGUCAAGACAGUCCUCUCGUUGGGUGGAAAAUUUAGUGUCCCAAUCAAUCCUAGAGAAGUUAAAGUCAAAAAUUUGAUAGCAGACGUGGAAGGCAUUCUGGAUACGGUGGAAGAGGACAUACGUGACACCUUGAGAGCGAAAACAACCAACAUCAUAACAAGUUUUCUACACAGGAAUAAAAAUGUUACUAACCAUUCAGAUCAAUUAUAUAAAACCACAAAAGAAUUUUUAAAAACCAACGAUCAUCUCUUGGUAUUAAAUAGCGACAAAGGAUCAGUGACAGUUCUCAUGGAAAAAACAGAUUAUUUAGACAGGAUGUAUUCUAUUAUAAACACUGACAGUUUCAAACGAAUUCCUAAAGAUCCAACAGCGACCAUACAAAAGAAAACAAACACAAUAAUUACAACUCUUGAAAAACGAAAUAUUAUCAGCAAGGAACAAGGGAGGUCGAUGAGAACAUACAACUCCAUCAGUCCGAGAAUGUACGGUAACCCUAAAGUCCACAAGAACAACUUUCCAAUGCGACCAAUUGUUUCGGAUAUACAGGGUCCUACAAUUAAAUUGUCAAGAUAUGUUGCACAAAUUUUGACUGCAGCAUAUGACCAGAAUAACCCAUAUUAUGUGAAAGACUCUUUUGACUUUUCAACCCAAGUCAGUGGGUUACAGCUACCUCCGGAGCAUGUGGUCAUAUCGUUAGAUGUGGUUAACUUGUUCGGGAAUAUAUCCAAAGGACUGGUGCUAACAGCUAUUGAUUUCAACUGGGAUAAAAUUGAACCUUGCUGUGGUAUGUCUCGAGAGGACUUUAAGGAGAUAAUUUCCUUCCUUCUAGAUUCUGGCUGCUUUGAUUUCAUGACUAUAUUGCCGUAUAACACUGGAGCUCGUAUUCGCUGCCCUGAGGAAGGAAACAACCGUUUCCGAAAGCUAGGCUAUUAUGAAUAAAGAGUAAAUACCUCAUCAGUGUGUUGAUCGACAUCCCUUAUUAAAUAAUAUA